ACCACUCAUUUCGAGCUCCACCCAACCGCUAUAUAAUCACAAGCAGACCAGCUGUUCAUUCUCGUCAUCGAUCCCACUCCCAGCUAGCAGCAUCGAUCUUACACUUCGAUCCCAUCAAGUCCAAGCGUGCCCAGCUGCUCUUGCAUAUACAUACACCGAAGUGAGUUAACAGCAUCGUCCGUUACUACGUACAUGGCUUUCGCGCUCAAGGCAUCCCUCUCCCCGUCUUCCUCGCCCCCGGCGAGCCUCACAGCGGCCACACCGCCGGUGAAGCCUGUAUUCGUCAGAGCCCUCGCCACGGCCUCGGUCGACCCAGCAAUGGCCACGCCAGCCGCGCUGGGGAGGCAUGCGGUCAGGGCGCGCGCGGCGGCGACCACGCUGGCCCCGGCGCCCCUGCCCGCCGGUAACGGCGGCCUGUCGGUAGCGAAGGCCAUGUCCCGGGCCAGAGACAACGGCAUGACGGCGUUCAUCCCGUACAUCACCGCCGGCGACCCCGACCUGGCCACGACGGCGGAGGCGCUGAGGCUCCUCGACACCAUUGGUGCCGACGUCAUAGAGGUAGGCUUGCCGUUCUCCGACCCCUACGCCGACGGCCCCGUCAUCCAGGCGUCCGCUGCGCGGGCGCUCUCGGCCGGCGUGACAACGGACGCCGUGAUGGCGAUGCUGAAGGAGGUGACGCCGGAGCUGUCCUGCCCGGUGGUCAUCUUCUCUUACUUCAACCCAAUCGCGCGGCGGGGAACGGGGAGAUUCACCGCUGCAGCCAGAGAGGCCGGUGUUCGAGGUCUUAUAGUACCUGAUCUUCCUUAUAUCGAGACAAGUGUUCUUAGGAAUGAAGCCAUACAGAACGACAUCGAGCUGGUGCUGCUCACAACACCAUCUACAAAGGCAGGCAUGAUGAAUGAGAUCACAAUAGCUUCCGAAGGGUUUGUUUACCUUGUAAGUAUCAACGGAGUUACAGGAGCCCGCCCAGAUGUGAACCCGCGGGUGAAGGAUCUUCUCAAGGAGAUUAAGCAGGUCACUAACAAAGCAGUGGUUGUUGGGUUUGGCAUAUCGACCCCUGACCAUAUUAGACUGGUUGCACAAUGGGGUGCAGAUGGAGUGAUAAUCGGCAGCGCAAUGGUAAAGCAGUUGGGUGAAGCUGAUUCUCCGAGAGAAGGUUUAAAGAGGUUGGAAGUAUACGCCAGGAGCCUGAAGGAUGCACUCAGUGGCGGGUCCACCAUUGGGGCGAGUUGGGGCGACCGCCCCGGUUCUCCAAUGUCAUGGCAGGGUACAUCCCCUGUCUAGUGACCAGUGGUGCAGUGCAAUCUAGCUCCGUCGUUAUCCGCUGCCCUGGCAAACCUCAGUAUCUCUGGGUUCAUCACUGGAUGCACUUUCAGGAUUAUGCACAUAAGACUACAACUAAUAAUACGUGUAAAGAAAAGACUAGAACUAAUAAACGGGCAAGAUUGGCAAAUGAUAGUAGUGGUUGGAACAUCCCGGUCCUUUCCUUCUACUAGUAGCUUAGGUCUAAAUUAGAAAAAUGGUUGUACAUAUGCUCCUCGUCUCUUUUGUCUCGGGACAAAAGAAUCACAUAUGAUUUGUCUUUAUUACAAUCGAGAGUAGUUAUCGA